UGCUCUUUCACAACGUCCGGUCCCUUUGAUCUCCAGCGGGUUCGGGCUUCUCCUCCUACACAACUCACUUCGACGCACUAAAUUUCAACAUUUCCUGCCUUCACUCACCACAAAGCCACUCCCCUCUCGUCCAUUUAUACCUUCAAAUCCCUCCAGCUUCCAUCUGAGACUCACACUCAUCUCAAGAACAAUUCUUGACUGCCCGCCAAUACCCUCCCACCCAUUUUCAAGAUGUCUGCAACAACGCUCAGAUUCCAGAGCAGCGAUGGCGUUGUGAUUACUAUCGACCGCGAUGUCGCUCAACGCUCUGUUCUGAUCAAGAAUUUGCUCGAGGAUCUUGGUGAUACUACGGAAGCUAUCCCUAUCCCUAACGUCAAUGAAGCUGUCCUGAGGAAGGUCAUUGAGUGGUGCGAGCACCACAAGGGCGACCCCCCCAGCACCGGUGACGACGAUGACUCUCGUCGUAAGACCACCGACAUCGAUGAGUGGGACCAGAAGUUCAUGCAGGUCGAUCAAGAGAUGCUGUUCGAGAUUAUCUUGGCCGCGAACUACCUCGAUAUCAAGGGCCUGCUGGAUGUUGGCUGCAAGACCGUCGCCAACAUGAUCAAGGGCAAGUCCCCCGAAGAAAUCCGCAAGACAUUCAACAUUCAGAACGAUUUCACUCCUGAGGAGGAGGAUCAGAUCCGCCGGGAGAAUGAGUGGGCUGAAGAUCGCUAAAUUGGUGUCACUGGUCAGCGGCACUGCCAUAUCUUCCAAGGAUCGCAGGCUCGCUAUGGGAAAUGUGGUCUCUGUGAAGAUAGGCAAUCCUCAACAAUGGUUUGGCUUGAUACACCUCAUAUGGUCUCCAGUUGCUGCAGUUCCCGGCGUUCGGUUCUCGCUUUUUCAUGUCAGCGCAUGGUUCUUUUUGUUUCUUUUUGUCCUACUGGCCCUGGACCAUUGUCUAGGGGCAACAGUGGGAUAUAGCUUAAUCGAUUAGUAGCUGAAAUACAAACUUUGUUACGA